UCGCGAGCCGGCCGCUCGUCCCGCCCGCCCAUAUCACACACAUAUCCGAGAGACCGAACGUAGCCAAACAAACUUUGUUUAUCCCAGUACACUUGUGACACGUAUUGCUUUUACAACAUUUCUUACUAUUGUGAUUUAUAUUUAGCUCGUUUUGAAAUUCGGUAAUUUUAUACUGUCAAUUUCUAUAAAAAGAAGAAAAAGAAAUAGCACAAACUAAACUAAAUCGACACAAACCAUCGUAACGUGAAGGCUGGACAUUGGUGCAUCGACUACAAUUGUGUUCAAGUGUACAUUGCGUGUUGUGUUCGCGCGCGUGUCAGUGAUGGUGGCAGUGAGCGAGUAAUGUACUGUGCGCGGCGCGAUGGCGUGGCCCGGAGGCUCGGAGGCUGUGGAGCUGGAGGUGCAGCACGUGAACAAUAAUGACGGCGACAGGCUCGCCGUGCCGCGCACUACUGUCGUCAACGGACAACAGAGGACCAAUGAAGACGAGGCGACGACGUCGGGCCUGACAGAUGGACCGCCGCUCGAACAAAACAGAAUUAUCUUCGUGAACAGACCGCAGCCUAUAAAAUUCGUUAACAAUCGAAUAACUACGGCUAAAUACAGUGUCCCCUCGUUCAUCCCGCUGUUCCUGUUCGAGCAGUUCCGCCGCUACUCCAACUGCUUCUUCCUGCUGAUCGGUCUGCUGCAGCAGAUCCCCGACGUGUCUCCCACGGGGCGCUGGACCACGGUCACACCGCUCGUCUUCAUCCUCUGCGUCAGCGCCCUCAAGGAAAUCGUUGAAGACUUCAAACGUCACCGAGCGGACGAUGAGACGAACAGGCGGAAGGUGGAGGUGCUGCGCGACGGCCGCUGGUCCACCAUCCUGUGGCAGGAGAUGCUGGUGGGGGACAUCUGCAAGGUCGUCAACAACCAGUUCUUCCCCGGAGACAUCGUCGUGCUGGCCUCCAGUGAACCACAAGGCAUCUCAUUCAUCGAGACCUCAAACCUGGACGGGGAGACGAACCUGAAGAUCCGGCAGGCGCACCCGGACACGGUGCACCUGGACAACACGCCGGCGCUGGUCGACUUCACCGCCACCAUACAGUGCGAGCAGCCCAACCGGCAUCUCUACGAGUUCAAUGGACUGCUUAAAGAUUCUAAUAACAAAACGAUACCACUGGGCCUGGACCAGAUGUUACUGCGCGGCUCCAUGCUGCGCAACACAAACUACAUCUACGGCGUCGUCGUCUACACUGGACACGAGACCAAACUCAUGAAGAACUCCACCAAAGCCCCCCUGAAGCGGUCGUCCAUCGACCGUCAGACCAACACGCACAUCCUGAUGCUGUUCCUGAUCCUGCUGACGCUGUCACUGAUCAGUGCCGCCUUCAACGAGCUCUGGAUGCGCGCGCACAGCGACUGGUAUAUUGGUCUCGAAGACGCGCAGAAUGCACAUUUCGUAUUUAACUUUUUGACAUUUUUAAUAUUGUACAACAACCUUAUACCUAUAUCGUUACAAGUUACUGCUGAAAUAGUUAGAUUUUUUCAAGCGAAGUUCAUAGCGAUGGACAGUGAGAUGUACCACGCGGCCACGGACACCCCCGCCAUGGCUCGCACCUCCAACCUGAACGAGGAGCUCGGCAUGGUCAAGUACAUCUUCAGCGACAAGACCGGCACCCUCACCUGCAACAUCAUGGAGUUCCGCAAGUGCAGCAUCGGAGAGAUAAUAUACACGCUGAAGGGCCCCGACGAGAAGCUGGAGGACACGCUGCUGUACCAGAACCUGCAGCGCAACCACCCCACGGCGCCCGUCAUCCGGGAGUUCCUCACCAUGCUGGCCAUCUGCCACACCGUCAUACCCGAGCAGGUGGGCGACACGCUCAACUACCACGCCGCCUCGCCAGACGAGCGCGCGCUGGUGCUGGGCGCGGCGCAGUGGGGGUACGUGUUCGACCAGCGCACGCCGCGCUCCGUGCGCAUGCGCGCGCCGCACGCCGUGGAGGAGUACACCGUGCUCAACGUGCUCGACUUCACCUCGGCGCGCAAGCGCAUGUCCGUCGUCGUGCGGACGCCCACUGGCCAGAUCAAGCUGUACUGCAAGGGCGCGGACACGGUGAUCUACUCGCGGCUGGCGGGCGGCGAGCACGCGCAGUACGCCGACACCACGCUGUCGCACCUCGAGCUCUUCGCCUGCGACGGACUCAGGACGCUCGUCUUCGCCGUCGCUGACAUAUCCGAGCAGUUCUACCAGGACUGGGCCAACACGUACCACAAGGCCAGUAUCGCGAUACAGGACCGCGAGCGCAAGCUGGAGGAGGCCGCCAUGCUCAUCGAGAACAACCUGCGGCUGCUCGGGGCCACCGCCAUUGAAGACAAGCUGCAGGACGGAGUCCCCGAGACGAUAGCGGCGCUGCUGAAGGCCAACAUCAACGUGUGGGUGCUGACGGGCGACAAGCAGGAGACGGCCAUCAACAUCGGCCACUCCGCGCGCCUGCUGCACGCCGCCAUGCCGCUCGUCAUACUCAACGAGGACAGCCUCGACGGCACCCGCGAGUGCAUCAACCGCCACACUGCAGAGUUCGGGGACAACCUGUUGAAGCAGAACGAGGUGGCGCUCAUCACGGACGGCAAGACCCUCAAGUACGCGAUGGGAUGCGACCUGAAGAAGGACUUCCUCGACCUGUGCAUAUCCUGCAAGGUGGUCAUCUGCUGCCGAGUGUCGCCCAUACAGAAAGCUGAGGUGGUAGAGCUGGUGUCGUCGUCGACGGGCGCGGUGACGCUGGCCAUUGGCGACGGCGCCAACGACGUGGCCAUGAUCCAGCGCGCCUCCGUCGGCGUCGGCAUCUCCGGCGUCGAGGGGCUGCAGGCCGUCUGUGCAUCCGACUACAGCAUCGCACAGUUCCGCUUCCUGCUCCGCCUCCUGCUGGUGCACGGCGCGUGGAACUACUCCCGCAUCAGCAAGUUGAUCCUGUACUCCUUCUACAAGAACAUCUGCCUCUACGUCAUCGAGCUCUGGUUCGCCAUAUACUCCGCUUGGUCUGGACAAAUCAUAUUCGAACGCUGGACGAUAGGUUUCUACAAUGUGAUCUUCACCGCUUUGCCGCCCUUCGCUAUUGGACUCUUCGACAAGCUCUGUUCCCCUGAAAUCAUGCUGAGGCACCCAGUGCUGUACGUGCCGUCGCAGCAGGGGCUGCUGUUCAACGUGCGCGUGUUCUGGGUGUGGGCCGUCAACUCCAUCCUGCACUCCGUGCUGCUGUUCUGGCUGCCCAUGCUCAUGGUCAGCCACGACAUCGUCUGGCCCAACGGGAAGGACGGCGGGUACCUGCUCAUGGGGAACAUCAUCUACACGUACGUGGUGCUGACGGUGUGCCUGAAGGCGGGCCUCACGACCCACUCGUGGACGUGGGUCACGCACGUGGCCAUCUGGGGCUCCGUCGUGCUCUGGUUCUUGUUCGUGAUGAUCUACAGCAACGUGUUCCCGACGGUAAUGAUCGGCGCCGUGAUGCAGGGCAUGGACCGCAUGCUGUUCACCUCGCUGGUGUUCUGGCUCGGCCUCAUCCUCAUCCCCAUCGCCACGCUCAUCCCCGACAUGCUCGUCACUGUCAUCCACAACUCAAUGUUCAAGUCGAUGACAGAAGCCGUGCGUGAGAGCGAGAUAAAGCAGCGCGACCCCAGCGCACUGCUCACACACCCGAGACACUCGUGGGCGUACGUCCAGUACUUGAUACGAAUGAGACGAGGCAGUGCCGUUAGAUGCCUCACGGAGACGGCGCGGCUGCUGCAGAACGUUCGCAGCGUGUUCAGCCGGCGCUCCGCCACGCGCGCCACCAUGGAGCUUGAGCUGUCGCGUGAGUACCUCCAUGGAUCCGACUCAUGGACUGCUAAUGCGGAGACAUCGGACGAGCCGCCGAGAGACCUCGCCUCGGCUCGAGUACAUAUUAGCAUUCCAUCAGUUUCCUACUCCGUGGCCACACCACGCACCGCUGACGCGUUAAACACACAUAGAGACACUGUUUAUUUACCGCAGACCUCUUGGAGGACUCGCCAAGACGGGUUCGCGUUCUCGCAAGAAGAAGGCGGCAGUGUGUCGCAGGCGGAGAUGAUCCGUGCUUACGAUACGCGGCAGCCGCGGCCGCAGCAGUCGUGAGCGCGACGCGUGCGCAGCUGGGGUGGCUGGGCCGGCCGGGCCCCGCGUGGUGGCCGGGCGCGGGCCGGGCGGGCCCCCCGGGGCCGCUGCGAGCUCUACACCGUCUGCUAGCCCGCGGGCCGCGGCCCGCCGCCCACACACGUACAAACUCUCCUCACCCUCUCUCGGAAACAAUAUCACUGUUGUUGUUUUAGUUAGCGUCACAGACAGACAGUAUUGUUACAGAUUACUAUUAUUUAUUGAGGAUCACGAUCAUGACAAAUGUUACGAGUAUGUUGUAUGUCUAGUGUUACCGUACUUACGUAGGACUGUGUGCAUGCACCUCGUCUAUAUUACUAUAUUAUAUAUGGAUAUAUAACUUAUGUAUACAACGUAUAGUAUAAUGACUGCGGAUGGUAUACAUCAUCUCCGGUUUUUCUAUCUAUUUUGAAUGUUUUACGACUUUCGGUCACAGGGAAUCAUGAUUUUAAAAUCCUAGACCAAAAAUUAGAUUAAAAUCUUUUUAAAAUCUGUACUUUAAGUUGUAACUGAACGCGUUGCAGUUUACAUGUCAAGUUGUGUUCUGGCGUCGGUCGCGGGAGGCGGGGCCACACAGGGCCGGACUGCGCGAGCGAUGGGUCGUUCUCUUGUUUGUUACUCUUGUAUUGGAUACAGUCUCGGAGCUAAAUCCAUGCCUUUGAUUACCAAAAGACUUGUUCGUAUAAUUUCCUUAUAGGCAGCAACUAGAUCCCUCUAUAUUAUAUUUGUUACUAGUUUCGUUGUUAGGUAAGAAAUAAUUUAUUUAUUCAAUAUAUUGCAAUGUUGUUUCACCUUAAAUAGUUAGGGAAGUACCAUAAUAAAUUAAUAACUUUGUAAAUUUUCAUUUAUUUUUGUAUGUGCGGGGUCCUUCGACAUUUUUAUUUUUAUUAAUAUAAAAGACUUAUAUAAUAUACUUCGAAAAGAUUAAAAGUAAUUUCGGUUAUAGCUGCUAUAAUUAUAAAGAUUGAAAUGGAGUUAAUUGUCGUGCCAGGCCGAGUUAAUUGUUGUCCAAUUUAUUAUGUAAUAAUUACAUUUUAAGUACAAGCGUAGGUAGGCAUGUCGGAGGGCCCCGGCUAUUUACAUUGAUUUAGUUUACUCGUGUAAAGCUGGUAGUACUCGAUAUUAUUUUUGUAUUCUUAUUUCAGACUACACAUGGCCUAUGUUCCGUUGUUUCACAUAUUAUGUAUAUGCAUUAUAUACCAGGGAGGUACAGUCGUGUGUACAUAGUAUCGCUGUACUGCCGCGCCAGUGUUCAGCAUUCAGUUGACAAAACGUUAAACGCUUACAUCAGUGUACAUAUAAACUAAUAUAUAAAUAUACACUUGUAUGUACAUGCUACGUCGAAAUUGUGAUGUCGCUUUGUUAAGUAGAAAUGUAUUAAUUAGAUAAAUUAUAACACGACUUAUUGUUUCUCGGUGCAUGAAUCGAUAUGCAAAGCAAAUUAAAUAUUUUUAAAAUGAAAUCGAUAGUGAAUAAAUCGAAUAUUCUAACUUUGGAGCACCUUUGAAUCUCGAAGCGUAAUGUGCACUCGACAAUUGAUCACCCACAUUGGCACAGAACUCAUUAAUUUGGCAUUACUUAAUAUCGUCUAGUCAGCCAAUUUCUACAGUUUUUGAACAAAUUAUAUUAAUCAUAGCAGCUUUUUACUCCUUGUGUAAUAUACAUAGAUCAUUAGACUCGUGUUUAACUGAGGGAAGAAAGAGACAGUGGGCAUGCAGUGAUACACAGGGAAGGGAUGAUCUAUAUUAGAAGGAGAUAUGAGAAUUUCGUUUAUUUGUAUACAAAGAAACUCUGAAUUAAGAUUUCCCCGGACGUUAAACACGGGUCCGUUGUACAAGUAGAUGAUUGAUUGAACACUAUUAAUGAAUUAAAGUAAAAUAAUUGUGAUACGUACUGAAUGAGGUGAACAUUUUCAGACUCUUUACAUGGUCGCUAGAAUAUAUUUUAAACAAACUGAUAUUGUCGCGUACGGUUCAUAACAGUUUAUUAUUGUUAACUGUUUAACUUUAAGUUAUUUUUAAUGCGUGAGAGAUGUGGGGUCGAGCAAACCAGGGCAUGGGCAUCAAGAACUCAAAAUGGGUAUUUAAAGAUUUUUAUGAUGUAGAAAAUCUGUGAAAAUACCCAAAUACAAACAGACAAAGUAUUUAUAUCCUAUUCGCCAUCCAUUUCUUGCUCUUAUAUAGUUAUUGUUUCAAAAAUUUUAAAAUAAGCUGACCGUUAUUCUGGAGAAUGUUAUCAGCUCUACGUGUUUAAAAUACAUGCUGGUUAAAUACUGAAUUUAUAAUUUGGUGAAUACUGUAAUCAAAUGUUUGUAAUUCCAUAACUUAGGGCUUGUUAACGUUUCACUAUGUUAAGUAUUUAUUGUAUGUUAAUUAAUUAAAUAUGAACAUUUUGUCAAAUCAAUGCUAUUCGUUGUUAGUACUGACAAACGGUGAAGGAAAACAUCGUGAGGAAACCUGGACUUAUAAUUUCCAAUUAUGCCUUAGGUCAGCAGUGGCCAUUUAUAGGCUGAUGAUGUGAAAACUAGAUAUAUUUUUGAUUUUUACAAUUUGAAUAUACAUAAUGUUAAAACAUUGUAAGUUAUAAAAUGUUAUUUCAUUAGAUAUCUGAAUAUAUUGUUAUCAUUUUAUUCAUGUUUUGGUUGAAAUCAAAUGUUGUCUAUAUUAUUUUGAGUCGGAUUCUACGUCGGGCAGAAAAAUUGGAUUUAUUAUGAUGGUCUGAUAGUACCUAAUAUUGCCGUCUAAAGUGGACCCUGCCACUGGACACCACAUCUCCUGCGCAGCCUGUUCUUGUGGAUGUAACAAAUAAAAAAUAUAUAAUUUGUUCUCGUUCUUUA